UUACUGAUUGUUAACAACUUGUGUAUCUUAUGAAUGUCAUAUGCACAUUGUUUUGUACAAGAAACAAAACAUUUGUGACAGUUUUUAGUGAAAGCUUGUUGUGUGUAACACUGGGUCAAGUUUGCACAGUUAUUCUUGUUAGGACAUUGCACUGACUCACUUCAUUUUGUACAGCAUAACCCUAACCCUAACAAUAACCAUAACCAAUUCACGCCUAACCUUAACCACACACACACACACACACACACACACACACACACAAUUUCCAGUAAAGACAUUGUGGGAAGGAGCCAACAACCAAAGCUCAUAGUUCAUUAUGGCUCCAACACAUAUACAAACACCCCCCCACACACACAGGUAGGGAGUAAAGGUGAAGGUACUCAUUCUUUACAAGCUCCACUUUAAAGUUGACAGAGCACAAGGAGGAAAACAGCAAGUCUGAGGCAGCGUGAGUGUUAAUAUUAGGGCUGCAAAUAAUGAUUACUGUCAUUAUUGUUCAAUCUGCUGAUUGUUUGUUGGAUUAAUUGUUUAGUUGAUUAAACUGUCAGAAAAAUGUGAAAUCACAGGUUGAUAUCUUCAGACGUUGUGUCCUUUUUUCUUUCCCUGGUUUCUGCGUCCUCGCAGUGAUGGUACGUGGCACGAUGGUGCUGCCAAAAUAGAGCAAAGUCAUAAUGAAGAAUGACACAGAUGUUUAUCUGAAGUCUGUUUGUUGGAUUUUAUUACGACCCCCUAAAAACAGCUCGCCCACAGAAGGCAUAACAAAGGUCAGGAUUUCACAAUGAUUACACAAAUUUAUUAAUAAAAAAACAACAAAAGCUGGUGAGCUGGCCAAAAAGAAUAGAAAGAAGAGGAGACACCCAGACCAACCCACAAAGGGCCGUAGGAUCUGGGCUCUCCUCUCUAACCUAAAUCCACAUAACAACUAAACCUAACAGAAAUAAAGCCACAAAAAUGGGACUACCAGACUCACUAACCAAACCAAGAAACUAAAAAAGGCAAAACUAAAAUAUAACAGAACAAACACAAGAACAAAGCUGCUGGUGCUCAGGCUGGAAAAUGGAAAAGAGAGAGACCAAGCCACAUUCCUUCCCUCUUUAUAGGCCCUCCCCUCAAUCAUCCGAUCAGGGCCACCUAGGAGAGAGCACAAACAAAUGGUCAAUAGAAUAUUGGGCUAUACAUAUCCCAUCCAGCAGGGGGAAAGUAUGUAACAGAUUUAAACCAGAGUCAAAGUUGAUCUUUGUGAUGGCUAGAAAACACACAUGGUUGUAUUUAAAGUUGUGUAAACUAAUAAGAAGCCAUUAACUUGAGAGAAAGGACUGAGUUUAUUAUACUGUGUAUGUAUGUGUGUCUCCAAUGUUACUGUUUUACCUCUCAGACUCCAGAAGAUGAAUGAUUUGGAGGAAGAGGAUGAUGGAGCAGAGUCUCUAAUAUCCAGCUGUCUUUCUAUGAAGAGUGACCGGUCUAAAAGUUAUUCCCUAAACUUCAGUAAUGAAUCUGGACCCUCAGAUACAAAAGGUCAGCACCACAGACAGAGAGCAGAGUCUCUAAUAUCCAGCCAACUGUCUAUGAAGAGUGACCAGUCUAUAUAUGAAUCUCUAAACUUCAGUAAUGAACCUGGACCCUCAGACACAAAAGAGAGGAAGAGGAGGGGUGUGUCUGUGGAGGAGCAGCUGUCCUGCUGUUCUUUGUGUCAGGAUGUCCUGAAGGAUCCAGUCUCUACCAGCUGUGGACACUGGUUCUGCAGACAGUGCAUCACCUCAUACUGUGACCAGUCUGCUUUACCAGGAGACUCCUCCUGUCCUCAGUGUGCAGAAAGAUCCAGAACAAGACCUGGACUGCAGACAGACAGUCAGACCAGCACUGUACAAACAGAUAGUGGUCUGCAGGAUGUUUUAGAUGAACAUAAGAUCAGUCUGAGGAAGAGAUGUGAAUGUGUGACUGAAGGAACUGAUGAAGCAGGAAGUGAAACCCUCCUCAACAGGAUCUACACUGAGCUCUACAUCACAGAGGGACAGAGUGAAGACGUUAAUACCCAACAUGAGGUGAGGCAACUUGAAACAGCUUCCAGGAUGAAGACCCUCCAUGACGCUCCAAUCAAGUGUCAUGACAUUUUUAAAGCCUUACCUGAACAACAGAAAGACAUCAGAGUCGUUCUGACAAACGGUGUUGCUUGCGUUGGAAAAACCUUCUCAGUGCAGAAAUUCACUCUGGACUGGGCAGAGGGCUUACAAAACCAAGAUAUCAGUCUGGUGAUUCUGCUUUCAUUCAGGGAGCUGAACUUGAUCAAAGAUGAGCAGUACAGUCUCCUCAUGCUGAUCUAUGAUUUCCAUCCAACAUUACAGAAGGUCUCGGCAGAGAAGCUUGCUAUCUAUAAAGUUUUGUUCAUCUUUGAUGGCCUGGAUGAAAGCAGACUUUCACUGGAUUUCAAGAACAAUGAGGUCGUGUCUGAUGUCACACAGAAAUCAUCAGUCAGUGUGCUGUUGACAAACCUCUUCAAGGGGAAUCUGCUUGCCUCAGCUCUCGUCUGGAUAACUUCUCGACCUUCAGCAGCCAAUCAGAUUCUUCUUGCAUGUGUUGACAGGGUAACAGAAGUACGAGGCUUCACUGACGCCCAAAAGGAGGAGUAUUUCAGGAGGAGAUUCAGUGAUGAAGAGCUGUGCAGCAGUAUCAUCUCACAUAUCAAGACAUCCAGGAGCCUCCACAUCAUGUGUCACAUCCCAGUCUUCUGCUGGAUCAUUGCUAGAGUACUGGAGCACAUGUUGACUACAGACCAGAGAGGAGAGCUGCCCAAGACCCUGACUGACCUGUUCUCACACUUCUUGCUGGUUCAGACACAGAGGAAGAAGCACAAGUAUGAUGAGGGACAUGAGACGAGUCCACAGGAGCUGACAGAGGCUGACAGGGAAGUUCUUCUGAAGCUGGGGAGGCUGGCUUUUGAACAUCUGGAGAAAGGAAACAUCAUAUUCUACCAAGAAGACCUGGAGCAGUGUGGUCUUGAUGUCACAGAGGCCUCUGUGUUAUCAGGAUUUUGUACAGAGAUCUUCAAAAGAGAGAGUGUGAUCUUCCAGAAAACAGUCUACUGCUUUGUUCAUCUGAGCGUUCGGGAGUUUCUGGCUGCAGUCUACAUGUACCACUGUUACACCAACAGCAACACAGAGGUACUGGGGGACUUCCUGCGAAAAGACUACAAACACAGGGAAUCAAAGCCGAAAUCUUUCCUCAAGAAGAUUUCAGCUAAUUUCAGAAACAAUCAUAGCCAUGAUUCAUCCCUGGAUGACUUCCUGAGGAGAGCCAUGGAGAAAUCUCUCAAAAGUAAAAAUGGCCACCUUGACCUGUUUGUUCGCUUCCUUCAUGGCCUCUCUCUGGAGUCCAACCAGAGUCUCUUAGGAGGCCUGCUGGGACGGACAAAAAACAGUCCAAAACUCAUCCAGAGAGCCAUUAACAACCUGAAGAAGAUGAAAAGUGAGGAUAUCUCUCCUGACAGAAGCAUCAACAUCUUCCACUGUCUAAUGGAGAUGAAUGACCGCUCAGUACAUCAGGAGAUCCAAAAGUUCCUGAAGUCAGAGAACAGAUCAGAGAAGGAACUUUCUGAGAUCCAUUGCUCAGCUCUGGCCUACAUGCUGCAGAUGUCAGAGGAGGUUCUGGAUGAGUUGGACCUGAAGAAGUACAACACAUCAGAGGAAGGACAACACAGACUGAUCCCAGCUGUGAGGAACUGCAGAAAGGCUCUAUUGAGUCGCUGCAGGUUGUCAGAGGUCAGCUGUGUUUCUCAGGCCUCAGCUCUGAAGUCCAACCCCUCCCAUCUGAGAGAGCUGCAUCUGAGUAACAACGAACUGCGGGAUCCAGAAGUGGAGCUGCUGUGUGAUCUUAAAGAAAGUCCACAUUGUGGACUGGAGACUCUGAGCUGGAGGGUGUUCUGAUCUCUAUAAGAGUGUGAGUGAACAUCGAGGAGUGUGUUGAGAGAGGAUCAGCUGUAUCCUGAUGAUCCACCUGGACUAGAGUCUGGAUCUGGAUUUUGUCAUCUUCACUUAAGUCUCUUAACUGACUACAAACUGAACCGUUAUCUCUGGAUUUUGUUGAAGUCAGCACUUUCUAAAUUUGUUAUACAUGAGCUGUUUGAUGCAGAAAAGAGGUGUUAUAAGUUAGACUCUGACCCCGGGCCCAUAUUUAUCAAUUGUCUCAGAAUCGCACUGAGAGUUAACCAAGGACUAAAACUAAUUGCAGAGGAGAAUUUACUCUGACUGCCAGCAUGAGAAGGAUUACUCCUGGGAGAGAGUGAGACGUCACUGUUUUAUGACAGUCAGAGCAGCAAAGUAGAAAUAACGACGACGUGUUGUAGUUCUCUCACAGUCUGGGCUGGAAAUAUUAAACUGUUAUAAUUUGGUAUAUUACUUGCAUAGGCAGGUAACCAGGCAGGUAACUUACCAAGGUUAUGUAACAAAACUCUCUGUAAAGAAAGCCUGAGAAAUAAAUGUAGCCCAUAUGUUAAUUAAGAUAACAGGUAAUUUGACUCAGCUGCAUGAAAUUAUCUUGGUUCAGCAACAUGGUUUCACAGAUAUUUAAUAUGUCAUUUGCAUUAGGCUGUAAGUAAACACUGGUAAGCCAAGCAGGUGGCUUUAACAAAAAAGUAUAUAAUUUAAACUUGUAGGUGAGAUAAUUUGAUUCAAAACAAAUGAAUAAUUAAAUAAAGCCACGAUUUGUAUCAAUGCAGCUUGUUUUUCUAUAACUUCACACCAAGUGAUGGGAAAUGAAUUAGUGCUGAUUACCAGCAUAGAUAAAUAUGGUCUUUGCUGUUAGGCUUCUGGAUCAACCUGUGUUUGGCCUCAUACUCCAUGUGCAUGAGACAAAGGCCUAUAGCAGCGUAACUAAGGGCUGGUCCAAAGGCGAGCUUGGUCGGCCUUAACUAUAAGCUUUAUAAAACAGGAAAGUUUUAAGCCUACUCUUAAAUGCAGAGAGGGUGUCUGCUCCCUGGACCGAAUCUGGACAAUGGUUCCACAGGAAAGGAACCUGAUAGCUGAAGGCUCUGCCUCCCAUUCUACUUUUGGAGACUGUAGGAACCACAAG